AUCUAAAAGUGAUACAAAAAAUGUUUAAACUAAUAACUUCAGACGUUACUUGAAUGUAACGAAAUAAAAUAACUAGUGAUCGUGAAUCUAAAAAUAAAUUUUAGUCAUUUGUUACAAUCAUGUAAGGUGGAUUUAAAUGUCAAUAUUUCAAUUGGGCUGGUUAAAAGUGUAAACAAUAUAAAACGACGAUAUGUGUCAGAUGAAUCGCACAGGUCUUUGAAGUUUUCAAGAAUACUAGGAUACGUGGUUGUAGAAAUGAGUGGUUGUAAGUGAAGUAAGAUGAACGAAACGCUUGGGCGAGGGUACGCAAGGAUAGAGGCGAUUCGGGCCGCGCGAGGAGAGCCUCUUGGUAACAUGGAGCCCGGCGCUCCGCCCCCGGACCGGUACAACUCCGUGUACUUCACGCUGUUCGUCGCUGGCGCAGCGUUCCUGCUGCCCUUUAAUAGUUUCAUAAUGGCAGUGGACUACUUCCAGCACCACUACCCAAAUACCACCAUAAUGUUCGACAUGUCAACGGUCUACAUCGCGUCAGCUUGCGUUGCGGUGGUCGCUAACAAUCUACUGUUGGAUUUGUUUACGUACAACACUAGGAUAACAUUUGGUAUCCUCGUGUCCCUAGCAACGAUGCUAUUCGUGGCUGUAUGCAACAUCGGCUGGGACGGGUUCUCAACUCGCGUGUCGUACACCAUAAACCUGGUGGCCAUCGGGGUGGUCGCGUUCGGCUGCACCGUGCAGCAAGCCUCGUACUACGGGUUCACCGGCUGCCUGCCGCCGCGGUACACGCAGGCUGUCAUGGCAGGAGAGAGCGCCGCCGGUUUCUGGGUGUCACUAGACCGUAUCGUAACAAAAUACGGUUUCCGCCAACCGCGGCGGAGCACGUUCAUGUUCUUCGUGUUCUCCAUCCUGAUCCUGCUGGGGCACUCCAUGCUGCACCACGUGAUGAUGAAGCACCCGCUCGUGCUGCACUACCUGCGGCUCACCAACGAGUCGCGCCACCGCCGGAGAAUACAACUGCAUCUCAACCCUAACGAGGACGCUACGUUGAUGGAAGGAGAAUCGGGUGAUGGCAGCUACGGAGUUUUAAAAUUGCAGAGUCCAGUCCUAUCAACAACUGGACAAGGAGACAUAGAAACCAACACAUUCAGCUUCGCCAACCCGCUGUACUCGCCGACAUCGGCGCCAGUGCUGUCCACGCCGAGCGCCUCCGAGCCGGUCGCCUCCCCUCCCGCGGCGCUGCGCACCCCCCGCCCCUCCUACAAGGUCGAGGACGUCGUGUUCGAGGCCCCGGAGAGGCCCACCUCGUGGAGGGCCUUUAAACGAGGCGUGCUAGCACGUUGGGCUGUAGCCCGAUCAAUCUACCCUUACAUGGUAUCAAUCGGGCUGGUAUAUUUCACCACUCUGAGCCUGUACCCCGGCAUAGCGUCCGAGGUGCCAUCCUGCCGUCUUGGCGACUGGAUGCCCAUCAUACUCAUGUCAGCAUUCAAUCUUUUCGACUUCAUUGGAAAGAUUGCAGCCGCAUGGCCUUACGAGUGGAGCCGCAGUCAACUGCUGAUGGCGAGCGGCGUGCGACUGUUGCUAGUACCGCUCAUGUUACUGUGUGCCGCACCACGUCACUCGCCACAUAUCGUGGGGGAUUUCUACCCUAUCAUGUUCUCCGUCGUGCUUGGCUUUACCAACGGAGUAUUCGGUUCCGUGCCUAUGAUCAUGGCACCUUCACGCGUCGGCCGUGAGCAUCGUGAAAUUGCUGGCAACAUGAUGACUCUGUCCUACAACGGCGGCCUACUCUCCGGAUCGCUAGUGUCAUAUCUCUUGCUGGGCAUGCUCGGAGCCCCGGCCGGCGCGCCGUGCCGCGCCUACCCCACACCAGUGUUACCCACAAUCGCGACUACAACGCCACACUCCAACCUCACUACAGUACAUUAACAGAAUGUACUCUCUGACUAGUGUCAUACUUCCUGUUGAGUAUGGUUGUAGCACAAACCGCCACGCCUACUCCACGUGUUGCUUACGAUAGCGACCACCACACAGCACUCUAACUUAUAACCUCAUGACAUAACAGUGCACUGUUGUAAUCCUAAGGUACGGAAGUCCUAAGGCACGCCAGAGGUGCAAAUGGUCUUCAUGAGCUCGCGCCACGCCUUCCUAUCUUCAGCGACCCUCGUGACCUCGCUCGUAGGUCAUU